AGGGAGACGCGCGAGGAGCAGAGAGAGGCGUGCCGCCGUGGACGAGCCUCCGCCGUUGGUCCUCCUCGACAGCCGCCCGCGCUCGCUGCAACGCGCAGCCUCCGACGGCCCUCCUGGCGGCGUACCAAAGCGUCGUCGUGUGAGUCGGAUGGGGACUGGGGCCUGGGGGCGGAAGUUCCGUCGGAUGGUGGCGGUCGUCGCCUCGGAGGGCGCAGGGGGAGGCGUGCUGCUCGCGUCGCUCACGGAGCUCUACGAAGCGCUCUCGUUCUGCACGGAGGACGCCGGGGGCUACUUUCCCGCCGAGUCCGCCACGCGAGCGCUCGUGCGGCUGGCGACCCGAGAUGCUGCUCGCCGUGCGCGCCAUCACCUACCUCUACGACGCCAUGCCGUGCGCCGCUGACACCGUCGUCCGCCACCGCUUGCUCCCCGUGCUCUGCUCCCGGCUCCUCGCGAUCGAGUACCUUGAUGUGGCCGAGCAGUGCUUGCAAGCGUUUGAGAAGAUAUCGCUGCGGCAGCCGGCACAGUGCUUGCAGGCAGGCAUGAUAACUGUUGUGCUGGUAUACAUGGACUUUGUCUCUGCAAGUAUUCAGAGGGUUGUUGUCUCAGCUGUUGCAAAUGCCUGCAAGAAGGUCCCCGCAGAUUGCUCCCAGUUUGUGAUGGACUUGGUCCCAAUGCUGUGUAAUCUACUGCAGUCUGAGGAGAAGAUGGUAUUGUUACCCACUAAUUUAACCGAGCUUGCUUGUAUUAGGCAUGUACAUAGUGCUCUGCUAAAGGCAAAGGAGAGGUUGACAAUGCAGACAAGGAGAAGUAGUGUCAUGGAUCUGCAUGGAAGUGUCAUCGAGGGAUGUCUGGUGUCAAGGUUUUCACCAAUUACAGCUGGGUCUGACUGCUAAUUGCAUCGUCACGAUACUUCACCACAGAGCACCAGGUCGAGGACUCUUUGGAAAAAUACCUUUACCUCACGCUACCCAAGGACAGCUACCCGAAUGCUAAGAAGGUAACACCUCUCUCCGGCAUUGAAUUUAUUCAGAAGUGUUCGGCUGCAAUAAUUACCAUGGUUUGCUUGCUAAACAAAUAUGAUAAUGCUCCUUUAUUAGUACAAAUUUUCAUGCAUCCAUACAUGCAUUAGAUGCAGAUAGUAGUAUACUAAAGUAAAUUUUCAUACUAACUACGAGCUUCACUGUGAUAAGAGAUCAAGUAUUCAGGCUGUCUUUUUAUUUGCUAGAUGCAGACUCUUAACUAUGCCACUUGAUCCACUCUGGAACCACACCAAACGGUAAUACUUGAUGAAUAUAUAGGUUCCUAGGUUUAAUAUGCCAUCUGUUGCUUGACACCGCACCUAUACUAAUUGGCAUCACACAAUCCUUCAAGUUCUUAUGUGAUCUACAACAUCCUUGUUUAUACAAAACUCUGAUUCACAAUAUAAAAGUGUAACUCUUAAUUUAGGAAUUACUCACCUCACCAUCAGUGUUGAUGAAUGUCAGAUGACUAGCUCUCUAGAUUACUUUCCUUUAUAUUACAGAUUCAAAGUUGUUGGUCCCAAUGUCUUGUUGAUUAGAAGGGACAAUACAAAUUACUGAUACACCUCACUGGUGACAUUACUUUGUGUUCAGAACUGAUACAUACAGUAGAAUGCACAGAGCUACUCUGUUGCUUUCCAUUUUGUGUGUGAUAAUGUAGCAUGUUAAUUUGGAUCUCCAAGGCACCCAUGCUCUCUUUUCUUCUCUCUAAUAUCUAAUUCAAGUGUCUUUCCUUUCCUCUUCCAUUGCCUAAUUGGAGUGAUGUUGUAGCAUGUUAUUGCAAUGCCACUGAAGAGAGUAAAAUUGCAGGGUGAUACAUGAGAGCAUGUAUAUAAUUGGUAAGAUCAAGCUUUUUACAGCUUAAACUGAAUUAAACUUGUUGAUAUGGCGAUAGGGUGUCCAGUAUACAUGAUUGUUGAUUAAUUUUUUAUAUAAACUUCUUCCAAUUUGUUCCACUAUGGAUAUGGAUCUCUUCUCUAUGAAGUCCUUUUUGUAGCUUGGUCUUUUUUGUUUGUGGUGCAACUUAAGACCAUCCUGACAUAUUGGCUUAUAUUGCCAUUUUUUCUGAAAGACACGUGAUCAGGUCUUAGGGUAUAGUGUUAUCAUAAUUUCAGAUUACCAAUCCCAGUCUUGGAAUUUCUAGAUUGGGUGAUUCAUGUGCAGGUACAUCAACAAGAAGUUCAGCAAUAAGUACAGCGCGACGAUCGUAGGUGCAAAUCGAUGACUGGCUCUUCACGUUACAAGUUCUUCAUUCUUUCGAUUUUCACUAGCUCAAUUUGUAAGUAGAUUCGAAUUUUGUCUCGAAGAAUAAAGAAUAAUCUUUUUUGAUUGGGGAUCCUGUUGUGGGAGAAAUGACUAUGUUUUGCACAUCAUUUUAUCGGUUAUGAAGUAGUUCUCUUGCUGUAUUUACGUUGUCAUUUAUGGAUAAUGCAAGGAGCAGUUAAUCUACAUCAGGUAAAGAACAUCCGAAGUCAUUGCUUUCUAAAAAAAUUGGUGACUAAUAAAAAAUGGAGCUUCCAAAAUCAUUGAGGCGGUGUUUUAGCAAUCUAUUCUAGGAAACUAACCUAGAUUUCUAUUGAGGCGGUGAAUAAUGACUGAUUCAGUAUACAUGGUUGUUUUUGCAGGCUGAAUUCACUCUUGACGAGCUCAUGAAAAGCGACCAUGAAAUCAGAAGCAGGCCAUGGAGAUUUGGAAGAGCCAAAACAGAUAUGUGAUGGUGCUAGAAGGGUGGGAAUUUGAAGAUGCUACCCUCUGGAACAUGAAUUCUACAGAGGCAGAAAUAGUAAGGUCUGGUCAUGGUGAUGGCUCAAUCAUCUCCAGUGAGCCCUGCAGGGCCAUGUCAAGGACAACACAAGUAGCAAAAUCUGGUCUUUCCUGAUUGAAGUAUGG